AACGAUGUAUCUUCCUUUGCAUUAUCACAAACCCCGGAAUUAAUUGUUUCAGAACAACCUGUAGAAUCAGUCGAUUCAUCUUUUUUUGAUCUAUGUCUACCUCAGAUGACAGCAUUAAAUUAUCAUUCGAAUACUUUACAAGUCUCAAAUGAUGAUAAUGUGGAGCCCACGUCCCAAAACUUUGAACUCGAUGCUUUAAUCUACGGAAUACCCACG